AUGGAAGAUAAUCCGGGACUUGCCGCCAUCCAAGAAACAGUUGUUAAAACUACGGAUCAGGAAACCGCAGUGCACAAGGAUUCAGUCGACCUUGCUCUGUUGGGGACAUUGGCCAGUUUCGCUACCCUUGGAAUGCUGUUGGGUCUCUCGUUUAACAGCGGAAUCAUCCAGAGCAUUGAAAACAGCGACAAUGGAUCCGCUGCCACUUUCAUUGUGGAUGUUAUCUUUGGCGCCAUUGCCUUGUUUGUCAGCUUGGUGUCUGGACCAGAUGACGUCUAA